AUGGCUAUUCGCGGACAAGGUCGAUCAUAUAUACGGAGAGAUUAUGAGGUUAACCUGUCGAUGGAUAAUCAUGCUGAACUCGUGGCGGCGAUGACUAACUUGUCUAACACGAUUCAAGCGGGAACUGCUAUGGCUACUCAUGCUUUGCGAUGGAUAAGGCCAUCAGUCAAAAACAAAAAUGUAAAGGGUGUGGAGGACAGCUUAGGUGGUGUUCUGAGAACUCUAGUUGCUUUUCUGAAAGUUGACCUGUCGGCUUUCAAUGGAUCAACAAAUCCUACUGAAGCAGACAACUGGUUCAAAGUUGUGGAGGGUGCAUUACAGACUCAGCAAGUCCCGAAUAAUCAGUUCGUGGAAUAUGCAGCUUAUCAAUUAGUGGGAGAAGCUCAGCAUUGGUGGCAAAGAGAGUGUCGAUUUUUGCAACUACAAAAUAUGAAUAUUCUGUGCGAGCUAUUUCGGACUGCUUUCUACAAGAAGUAUUUUCAUGAAUCGGUAAGGGAGGCCAGAGAGUUAGAGCUUAUGCAGCUGAAGCAAGGUUCAAUGUCUGUGGCUGAGUAUACGAGUAAGUUCGAGGAGCUCUGUAGGUUCUCAAGGGUAUGUCGAGGAGCCCCUGAGUCCUAUGAGGGUUGGAAGUGUAAAAGAUACAAAGGAGGUCUGAGUGAAAAUAUUAUGAAUGCUGUGACUCCAUUAGAGAUUAGAAUAUUUUCUGAAUUAGUGGACAAGGCAACAAUUGUUGAAGAUUAUGCCAAGGAGGCGGCUUUGAUGAGAGAUGAGCAUGGCGGUACUAGUAGCAGGGGUCGUGGAAAGUAUGUUCUAUCAAGAGGCCAGAACUUCAAGAACGGUAGACAUGCCCCUCAGCAAUCCCAAGUUUAA